AGCCACCAGUCUCUCUUCCCACUUUUAAAAAGACAAAACAAACACUACAUUUCUGAAGAAAAACAAAAACAUAAUCAUCAUUCUUAUUUUUCUGUUUUUCUAUUUAGAAAAAAAGCUUCAAACUUUUUAGUUAUGGAGUCUUUAACAGGGUUAUCAAUAAAAGGGGUUUGUUUAGAUAAUGUUUUAGAUAAACACAAAAUUUUAUCUUUGGGUAAAAAAUCAGAAAUUUGUUUUCUUGGAUUGUCAAGUUUGAAGAUUGUUCAUAUUACCUCAUGUUCUGUUCAGCACAAAAUUAUUCAACCUAUUUUUUGUGCUUCUGACACUCAGAUACAUAAUCAGAGUGAAGAAACAGAAACAAGUGAUACAAAUCAAUCCAAACCAGUUCGCGUAAAAUUUCAAUUGAAUAAGGAAUGUUCCUUUGGUCAGCAUUUCUACUUAGUGGGCGAUGAUCCAAUGCUCGGUUUAUGGGAUCCAUCAAAUGCAGUGCCACUUGAAUGGUCAGAGGGACAUGUAUGGAACGUCGAGUUGGAUAUACCGAGUGGAAAAACUAUAAGCUACAAGUUCAUUAUGACGGUAGGUGAUGAGACUAUCUUGUGGCAACAAGGCCCUGAUCGAAUUCUUCAAACAUGGGAAACGAAGAAAACGAUAACUGUUUCUGAAGAUUGGGACAAUGCUGAGCUGCAGACAAUUGUAGAAGAGGAACCUGCAGUUAGUCCAGAAAUUUUAAUAGCUGAGAAUCUGGUUCCACCGUCAGUUGUAGCCAUAGAAGAUGAUGUAAAUGAGGGAAAAACUAAUGAUGUUCUAGCUAUAGUCACGGAAAAUAUCACUGAAGUAAAUGAGGAUGUGAACACUGAUCGAAAUGAGGAGACCACAAUGGAAGCAAAAGCUAUUGGCAAGAAUAUGGUGGCCACUAUUGAUGAUGUGUUGAGCUCAAAAAAUGAGUCCAUCUUAGUGGAGGACGAACAAGUUCCCGUCUUGGUUCCUGGCUUAACACAGAUUUUGACAUCAGAGGCUCACGCGGACAAAGUUGUUGGCAAGAGUUCACUUGGAUCAAAUAGUGAAGAGUGUAAUCUGUUGUUGGAUGAAGCUCACACGGAAAAAGUUGUUGUUGAGGGCUCAAUUGGAUUGAAAUCGGAGGAGGAGUUCAAUGUGACAGAGUUGAGUACAAAGGAAGAGUUAGCGACGGAUAUAACACAUCCUCCAGAAAAGGUGAAGACUAAUGUGAAGGAAGAAGUAAGAAUAGGACAUGAAGAUAUAGAAAAGUCUGAAAUGGUUGAAGGAGGAGGAGAUUGGUCUAAUGGAAAGCCAAUGGAAGAGAAUGUGUUUGUAAGUGAUAUGCAAAGGGGUAAAAAGACACUAUUGAAGUUCUUUGCAAGUUUGGGUUUCUGUAAAAGUAGAGCUUGAAGGAUGAAAAUUAGCUCAUAGAGAAGGAAAAAACAAAAAGUUGUGUAUAUCAACUAAUAAUGAAUGAUGAUCCUCUUUUGAUCUUGAGGCUAUGUGUACUACAUUUUGUCCCAAUACAUAUUUCUACUCUCUUUCUGUUUCAA